AUGAACACCAUCGUCCACGCGAAUGCUCGAGCGCACCUCCUCGGCUUCCCCGCUGAGAUCCGUAAUCGCAUUUACGAGUACGCGCUGAUUGAGCACAACAACAUCAACGUCCCUCCCACCGGCAUGGCGCAACCAGGCGUUCUACGCGCGUGUCGCAGCAUCCGCAGCGAGGCGACCAAGCUGUACUACGCCAACAACAAGUUCAACCUCGCAAUCCAGGACUACAACGGCGCGGCAUACGUAGGCUUCUACAAGACCAUCCAGCUGUACGAUUCGUCCGACACUCUCGCCUCCAACAUCGAGAUGGUAUUCAGCGGCGGGCCCAACUGGCAAAACCUGUUGCGCUGGUUCGAGGCCGCUCACGCGCGCGAGAUCUGGAGUCCACUGUUCGAUUGGGACUUGAACGAUGCUACCAAGGAACUCGCUGCCGUCGCCACCCUCUUCCGGACGCAGGUUCAUACGAUGGGCUACCUGCUAUGGAGAGGAGAAAGUGGCGAUACGAUUAUGGACAACGAGACGUGGCAACAGAACCCGGAGGAGGUGAUUGACGUAGUCGAUAGGGAAGGUGUCAAGCGGAGGAAAGGCCAGGUCGAGAUGUAG